AUGUGGUAUUUAACAUUGUUUGCCUUCGGCCUGUCUUUCCUGACUGUACGUGGAAAUGAUUACAACUUCCUCUUCAACGCUACCAAAUUGCCGAACAAGGCUGUAACACCAACGUUAGCAAAUGGACAUCUCGGAUUCGUAGUGUACGGGGACUCCGUCCAUCUGAACGGUGUUUACAAUGGUUUGAAAGGAGUAAGCCACCGUGCACGAAUUCCAAACUUCGCCAACAUUCAGCUUGCAAACUGUUCGUCAAUGCAAACGCAACCGAAAAACUGCCGCUAUCAGUUGGAUAUGAGGAGUGGCAAGUUCCGGACCACGUUGGAAGAUCCUGCCGGCGGUUACAGGGUGCAUCACGAAGUCUAUCCGAAUAGAUAUUUCGAUCAAACGAUCGUAAACCGGAUACACGUUCGAAGGAUGAAAUCGAAACAACUGUUGGAAAUAGAAACCCGCCAGCUGAUGGGAUCUAAGAGUGUGGAUCUGCAAGUAAAUCCAUUGGAGAAUCUGAAUGUUGACGGUGACGGAUACCUGCUGUUGUGCGGCAGGACUAAGCAAGUGGAAGAUCUGAAGUUCCAAACCGAAGGACAUCAGGUGUGCGUUGCAUACAAGCAAGUUCCGCGUACAUUAACGCUCACUCCUGAGGAAACGGAUCGUGAAUAUGUAUACUUGACCGUUUUCUCGCACUCACGGGAAGAAGUCGAAAAGGAACUUCGUGGUCUCAAAACGAACGAUCACGAAAGGAUGCAUCGGGUGGAGAUGGAUCGAAUGUGGCAAAAAUAUGGUAUCCGUGUAGAAGGAAACGAGCGAUUAGAUCGAGUUAUUAAAGCAAGCGCGUUCUACUUGUCGAGCUCACUUCCUUCCCAGUCGUCAUUCCAACCGGGCAGCUAUCCGUUCUACGGACUUUCUCCAUCAGGGUUAGGUCGUGGGGGCAAGGAGCUGACCGAGUAUCAGGGACACAGCUUCUGGGAUACGGAAAUGUGGAUGUUUCCUCCGAUCCUGCUGCUCGAUCCGUUGAAUGCGCGUAAACUUCUACAUUACCGAACACUGGUCACGGAAGCGGCCGCCGAUUAUGCUCGUGCUAAUGGUUACGAGGGUUGGCAGUACGCUUGGGAGUCGGCUUUUACAGGGCGCGAAGUGACGCCGGACUUUUGUCCACAGGUACCGGAGUAUCAGCACCACAUAACCGCUGACGUUGCAUACGCGGCCCGGCUAUACUAUUACGCGACGGGCGAUCUUGACUGGUUGCGUACGGAUGCGUGCCGUUUGGCGUACGAAACGGCACGGUUUUGGAAAAGUAGAGUAGAUUACAAUGCUGACACGGACACGUUCGACAUUGGAAGAAUAAUGGGCCCGGAUGAGGACCAUCACAACGUCACGAACAGUAUCUACACGAAUGUGAUUGCGGCACACAACUUGUUCUUCGGUGCGUUCGUGGGUUGUCACUGUCGAGCGUCGCUUCCGGAUGCUUCCGAGGAAGAGUUUGCCGAGUUCCUAAGGGUAGCUAAAAGUAUCACACUGCCAUACAACGCGCAGUACGAUGUGCAUCCGGAGUAUAAGGAGUACACGUUCGGUACACAAAUCAAGCAAGCGGACGUUGUGCUUUUAGGUUACCCAUUAGAGUUUCCGAUGAAAGAGUCAACGAAAGCAAAUAAUCUCCGGCUCUACUCGAUGGUAACGCGCCCCGAUGGUCCAGCCAUGACGUGGGCAAUUCACACGAUUGGUCAUCUCGAUCUGAACGAACUGGACCAUGCCGCGGCGAUGUUCCGCAAGAGCUACAAACAGUACCUGCGCGCACCGUUCCAUGUGUGGAGCGAAAAUGGUGAAGGUGCCGACGGUGCCGGAAACUUUAUUACCGGUGCGGGAGGUUUCCUUCAAUCGCUCAUCAACGGAUAUGCAGGAGUUCGGUUAAGACACGGCAAGUUGGUUAUUAAUAACCCUCGGUUGCCACCGGGAACAACGAGACUCUUUCUACCACAGCUCAACUACGGUGGAGUACAGUUCUCACUCGACAUAGGACAAAACAGUUUCCGUAUUACGUUCGGAACUGGCACGCAAGCUGCCUUUGAAGCUCUCAGCCUGCUCGUAGACGAUCUCGAGCGUGAUCUUUUCGAAGGGUGUGAAUACACGGGAAGCAAAACUGGUGUACUUUUGUUACGCCAAAAACGUGAUACCACUGCUACUACUUGCAUGUUGCAUGAUACCGUCCUAGGAAUGCAAUUAGCCGAUCAGAACGGACGACUGUUUACGGCGACGCAGUUAAUCGUAGUGUCACUGGUCAUUGGAUUGCUUGGCGUGCUGUACAGCAUUUACGUAGCGCUCCGCAGCAAGCGUACCCGCGGUAAAGUGACUGAAAAGGAAAUCAUAAGCAAAAGACUUCGAAAGAAACAAAAAAAUAAAUCAACCAAAUAA